UACCUAAGUUAUAUAACAGGAUUAUUCUUUGAACUUCUUCGUCUGUUAUGAGAUAAGUGGACUUGGAUAAUAUAUACAUGUAUUUUAUAUACAUUGCUCACUAAUAUGAAGAUUAUGAGAUAACUGGCCGACUUACUUCUUUCCAUGGACCUAAUUUAUUCAUUGUCGAGGAAUGCUUUGACGGCUUCCUGGAGUAUAACGUUGCAUAUCUUAUGCCGUCACAACAGACUGGCUGGAUCUAUGUCUUAUUACAUUAGUUGGUGUAUGUAAUAUUGAGCCGUAGCCAUAAGUCUAGUCUAUCUGGCCUGGUGAAGUCUUUAGAGCUGGGAUCUCUUUUACAACGAAUUAGAAACACAAUGCGGGGAAUCCAAAUCAGCCAAUAUGUCAAGGGCCCGGAAGAGCUCAAGGUAACCGAGCUCCCCGAUCCAACGCCGAAGCCGGACCAGUACCUCAUCGAGGUGCACGCCGCGGCCACCAACUUCUUCGACAUCCUGCAAAUUCAGGGGAAGUACCAGAGCCAACCGCCAUUCCCCUGGGUCGCCGGCGUCGAGUUCUCCGGCGUCGUCCUCGCCACCCCCAGCACCACCUCCAAGGGAGCACCCCCCAAAUUCCCUGUCGGCAGCCGCGUCUUCGGCGCCGGCCAGGGCGCCUACGCGACGCGCGCGUGCGCCGCCGAGGCCGAGCUGCUGCCCGUGCCUGCCGGGUGGUCGUUCGCCGACGCCGCGGGGCUCUUCAUCACCGCGCCCACAAGCUACGGCGCCCUGGUCUCGCGCGCGGGCGUCCGAGCGGGGGACUGGGUCCUGGUGCACGCGGCCGCGGGGGGCGUCGGCCUCGCCGCCGUCCAGGUCGCCAAGGCGUUCGGGGCGACGGUCGUCGCGACGGCCGGGACUCCGCGGAAGCUGGAGGUCGCGCGGCGGUUCGGCGCCGACCACGUCGUGGACUACCGGGACCCGACGUGGCCGGAGCAGGUGAGGAAGCUGACGCCCGGGGGCCGCGGGGUGGAUAUCGUGUACGACCCCGUGGGCUUGGUGGACAAAAGCACCAAGUGCGUGGCGUGGAACGGGCGGAUCCUGGUCGUCGGGUUCGCGGCGGGGUCCAUCGAGAAGGUGGCGAUGAACAAGGUGCUGCUGAAGAACAUCAGCCUGGUCGGGAUCCACUGGGGCGCGUGGGCCAAGUUCCAGCGGGACGGGAUCCCCGCCGUGUGGGACGGCAUCAACAAGCUGGUCGAGCAGGGCAAGUUCAAGGGUACUGUGUUCGUGGAUAAGGAGUUUGUCGGGCUCGAGAGCGUGCCUGAUGCCUUGGUUGCGUUGGGAGGGAGGGAGACGUGGGGUAAGGUCGUCGUGAAGAUCCCGCAGGAGGGUGCGAGCAAGCUGUAGACUUGGAAGGUAAUAUGUAUUGAUUUUAGAUUUGUUGGCUCUUGCAUAUCGGAUAUAAUGUACAUGCGAUCCGUGUACCUUGAUGGGCAAAUGGUGGAGUAUUAAA